AUGCGGCACAUUGAGCGGCUUCCUGAAAAUGUCAUCAACCGGAUUGCUGCCGGUGAGGUGGUGCAGCGCCCGAGUGCAGCGCUAAAGGAACUGCUGGAAAAUGCCUUGGACGCUGGAGGAACCUUCAUCCAGGUUCUCGUGCACGAUGGCGGGCUAGGGGUGUUGCAGGUGACGGACGACGGCCACGGCAUUCACCGCGAUGACCUGCCGCUGUUGUGCGAGCGAUACGCCACCAGUAAACUGCGGUCCUCUGACGAGCUGAGUUGCAUAGCGUCCUUUGGGUUCCGCGGGGAGGCGUUGUGCUCCAUCUCGUACGUUGCCAGGGUGACGGUGACGACGCUGCGCCGAGCGGGCAACGAGGAGGCACCACCUGGAACGCUUGCGUGGCGGUGUCAAUAUCUGGAUGGCGUGAUGCAGGGUGAGCCAACGCCGUGCGCCGGCAACCCCGGCACCAGCAUCCGCGUGGAGAGGAUGUUUUACAAUUCCGCCGUGCGUCGUCGAGCGCUCAACCGCCCCUCGGAGGAGUACGGCCGCAUUGUGGCCGUCGUUGCACGGUACGCCCUGGCCUUUCCGCACGUUGCGUUUUCGUGCCGCCGGGAGGAGGGGAACGGGGGAAAGGCCGAUUUUUUUUCCCCCAGGGAUUCCACCACACUUGCGAACAUCCGCCUCUUUCAUGGCCCAGUAAUUGCAUCCCACUUACAUGAGCUGAAGUGCGGUGGUGCCAGCGCUGACAGUUGCUCUGCGGAGACAGUUCUGGCAACACGAGGGAAUGCAGGAGAGAAUCGUUUCCUCAUAACCGGCUACACCAGUGGCAUGGCGCUGCUUAACCGCAGCCCGUAUCUCUGUGUGUUUGUCAACAACCGGUUAGUGGAGAACGUCACCAUCAAGCGAGCGGUGGACACGGUCUAUAGCGGCGUCCUGACGGGCGGUAACCGUCCCUUUACGGUGCUCUUCAUUACCAUACCCCCAGACCGCGUGGAUGUGAACAUACAUCCUACUAAGCAUGAGGUCUGUCUCCUUGACGAGGAAAUUAUUGUUGCGCAGUUGUCGGAGAGUGUCCGGUUUGCCGUGAUGGAGUCAGCCACUCGUCGUCAGCUGGACACCCGCCAUAUGCUCUCCAAGGCGGCUGCGCUGUGUGACAGAGGAGCGCAUUUGCCGCUUUCGCUCUCAUCCGCGUUGUCAUCCUCCUCACGCGUAGUCGCUGGGGUGGCACCGGCGCCUUGCACUGUCGUGCGGGUGGAGCCGCAGCGUGGAGCACUUGACGUCUAUUGCCGGCGCAUGUCGGCGGCAGAUAAAGAAGGGACAGGCGAGCCAUCAUUGGACAAUGAUGGGUGGCAGCCUCGGCCGGAGACCUGUAGUCAUUCGGGCCCCCUGGCUGCGGGGGAGCCGAAGGAAAUUGUCUUACACGAGGAGCAACAUGCCGCGCAGGCACAGGGCGAAGGUGUUAGCGCGCCUCUUCUCACAUCGAUCGCGCACGCUGACUUAACGGAGACCACUGACAGAGACAUGGGAGAGUUAACAAGGAGACUGAAGGAUGAAAAGGGGGAGGGAGAGGACGAAGAAGACGACGACUUGGGCUAUGUCAUGCAGCAAUUUAAGCGUCAGCGGAAAGAAAUUCAGAAAGCGGCUGGCAUGGAGACGGCCGCGGACACCGCUGAGGAAGAAGAAAAGAAGGGUGUGAGCGGGACGCGGGCACCAGAGGCAUUAACUGCAAACGAAGCAGCGGUGGAGUCCAUGUCUGAUGGAGGAGAGGCUUUGCUUCUCACGAGUGUGUCAAGCAUUAUUUUACACAUUCGUCAGGCAACUUCUCCCACUGUCCAGUCGCUUUUUGAGAAGCUGGCUUACGUGGGCGUGAUUAACGGCCACAUGUUUCUGGCGCAGGCUGGCACAACCCUCUAUGCGGUGGAAACGCUGCGCCUGGUUCGUCUUGUCGUCUACCAGCGAAUCUUUAUGCGGUGGUCUGUGGCGUCGCUUCCAGCGCCGCCGCAGCUGCUUCUGCAGGAACCUGUGAAGGUGACAGACCUUUUGGGUUUUGCCCUUCAACACGACGUUCCCCCCAGCGCGGAGAUUGCUUCCGUCGAGGGCAUGCAACGCACUGUGCGCCGAAUGGACCGAUGCCUCCGCCAGUGGCGGUGCAUGCUGCUGGAGUACUUUGCUAUUGAAAUCACACACGACGGUUAUCUCUUGGCGUUGCCGUUUGGGUUGAAUGCCUCAUGGCCGCCCCCGCCGCGGGUUGUACCGCUCUUUCUCUGGCGACUGGCUGCGGAGGUCCCGUACCGAGAGGACGAAUUGGCCUGCUUUACCGCCAUCGCCCGCCACAUUGCGGACACGUUGUACGGGCUACGUCUGCAUGACACCUGGCUGGAGUCGCGUGUGGCCCCGUCAUCGAGUGACACGGCUUCUGGAGACGCAAAAGACGAAAACGGUGUGCCGUCGCUUGUGGACGCCAUUCGUUUUGCGCUGUUGCCGUGUGCGACGAGCCCAAAGUUCUUUCUUCCGCCAGCCGAUGCAUUGAUUGAUGGAACGCUGCAGGCAGUGGUGUCAGUGGAGGAACUCUACAAGGUGUUCGAGCGCUGUUAG